AUGCUGCAGAUGCAUGGCAGGAUCGAACUCGAAGUCCCAGAAUCCAUCAACCGAAAGCUAGAACAGGUCGAAUGUCGCGCCAACGACGGAAAGGAAAGUUCGGAUUUCCAGUGCUUCGUGAGCACGACUGGUUUCAUGGGCCUCGUAUAUCCUGACGCACAGCCCAGAGACGAGAUCGUCAUCUUAUUUGGGCUCGAGAUGCCCUUCGUAGUCCGACCAGAUGCAGAACCUGGGCAUUAUCAGCUCAUCGGCGAAUGUUUUGUUUUAGGUCUAAUGGAGGGUGAAGCGAUGGAAGGACUAGAGUACUCGCAGGUGGAAGACAUCUAUCUGUGUUGA